GAUCCGAACAAUUAAGGAAAGUGUGUCGAAUUCAAUGCAAGUACAAUGAUGUCCCUCGUGGAUCACGUCUUGCGGGCUUAUCCGUUUCGGAGUAACCCGCAAUAUCAUGCUUGCAGAUCGCGCAGAGCAGAGCAGAGCAAUCCUCGUCGGUGUUAUUUCCGUAAAUUGUCUACCCCUCUCAGCGAGAGAGAUUGCAGCCUAUAAAUAGUCGACGCUAGUCCUUAUCACGUUUCAACGCUGGUUCCCUUAUCCCCUGUUUCGAAGGGAACAGAAUUAUACUCCUGCAGAAACAGAGAGAGAGAGAGAGAAACAGAGGAUCGUGGUGGUGGUACUGCUGGUGGUGACGACGAUGGCGAGGGGGAAGUGGAGCGAUGUCCUGCUUCUGGCGGUGCUGUUCGCGUGCCUGUGGCGGCCGCUGGCGGCCGGCGGAGCUCCGGGAGGCGGGUCGAAGGCGAGGGUGCACUUGAGGUCGUCCAAGUACGUGCACUACCAGCAAGAGUACCGCAGGAACCUCCUCGCCAAUGGCCUCGGCCUCACUCCUCCCAUGGGGUGGAACAGUUGGAAUCACUUCUCGUGUACGGUUAAUGAAACGAUCAUCAGAGAGACUGCUGAUGCUCUGGUUUCUACUGGUCUUUCAAAGCUGGGCUAUGAGUAUGUCAACAUAGAUGAUUGCUGGGCUGAGAUAGCACGUGAUUACGAUGGCAAUUUAGUAGCCAAGAAUACAACGUUUCCGUCUGGCGUCAAAGCUCUUGCCGACUAUGUUCACAGCAAGGGUUUGAAGCUAGGAAUUUAUUCGGAUGCCGGCUAUUUUACCUGUAGCAAGACCAUGCCUGGAUCACUUGGUCGUGAGGAGCAAGAUGCCAAAACGUUUGCAGCUUGGGGAAUUGAUUAUUUGAAGUAUGAUAACUGCAACAACGGUGGCACGAAGCCAACGGUCAGAUACCCUGUAAUGACCCGAGCUCUGAUGAAGGCCGGCCGCCCUAUUUUCUUCUCAGUUUGCGAAUGGGGGGAUUUGCACCCAGCUCUAUGGGGCGCCAAGAUAGGGAACAGCUGGAGAACAACACAGGAUAUUUCUGAUACGUGGGACAGUAUGGUGAGUAGAGCUGACUUGAAUGAACCCUACGCGGAGCUUGCCAGGCCCGGUGGCUGGAAUGAUCCUGACAUGCUUGAAAUUGGGAACGGAGGAAUGACAAUGAACGAGUACGUAGUUCACUUCAGUAUAUGGGCUAUAUCCAAGGCACCUCUUCUUCUUGGUUGCGAUAUCCGCAAUAUGACCAAGGAUACUAUGGAAAUAAUUUCCAACAAGGAGGUCAUUGCAGUGAACCAAGAUCCGCUCGGAAUCCAAGCCAAGAAGGUUCGGAGUGAAGGUGACCAAGAGGUUUGGGCCGGGCCUCUCACUGGUUAUCGGCACGCCGUGCUUCUGUUAAACCGAGGCACAUAUCGUUAUACUGUGAUAGCCCACUGGGACGACAUUGGACUUCCGCUCAACACUGUUGUCGAAGCCAGAGAUAUCUGGGAGCACAAGACGUUGGAGAAAACAUUUGUUCAGAACAUCACGGCAACCAUUGACGGUCACUCUUGCAAGAUGUACAUUCUGAAGCCGGUUUCCUAGAGCACUUCAAAUUUCUGGUGGCCAUGCCCUUUCCAGCUGAACUGAUUCUUUUGGGAUCUCUUUGGAUUUUCUUUCUUUUGCAGUUUUGGUCAUCUGAUAUCACUCUCUCAAUUCUCUUAGAUCAAACUAAUAAGAGAGGGUAAGGUAUUAGGGUCUACCCUGUGAAUCGCUUGUGCCAGACUCUGGACAAAAACGAGCUUAUUCACUUUAACCUGUUUGUGCGUUGCCAGGCUAA